UACAGGCAGUUUUACAGGCAGUAGGGUAGACACCAGACUGAUAACAUUUUUUUCCAAUGCUUUUUGUCUCAUUGUUAGAGAAAAAGUUUUUUGAAAGAAACAUCUUGGGGCAUGAGAAUUCAGAGCUAGAUCAUAUUGUGAUGACAGAUCAUAAGUAAUAAACCAUAUCUACGUGGGCCCAGGGCAGAAUAUAAACCCUGUGCCUCUGGGAACCUGGAGAUUAAUCAUGUAUUUCGGGGCAUAUUGCUUAUAAUAAAUUCUAAAAACCUGUAAGUUUGUCGGACUAUAAACCCUGUAAACCUGGGACCAUGGUGGACUAUAAACCCUGUAAACCUGGGACCAUGGUGGACUAUAAUCCCUGUAAUCCUGGGAACAUGGUGGACUUUAAACCCUGUGAUACUGGGAACAUGGUAUACUAUGAACCCUGUGAUACUGGGAACAUGAUGGAGUAUAAACCCUGUGAUACUGGGAACAUGGUGGACUAUAAACCCUGUGAUACUGGGAACAUGGUGGACUAUAAACCCUGUGAUACUGAGAAUAUGGUGGACUAUAAACCCUGUAAACCUGGGGACACAGUGGACUAUAAACCCUGUAAACCUGGGAACAUGGUGGAUUUUAAACCCUAUAAACCUGGGAACAUGGUGGACUGUAAACCCUGUGAUCCUGGAAGAAUGUUUGAUUAUAAAUCUAGUGAACCUGACUCCUUUCAAGAAAACAAAACCUUUGCUUACGAAGCUGCCAUAAAUUCAAACCAUGGCCAAGAGGACAUUCCUGAUUCACCAGUUCUGAAUCAGCCUUUGGCAUUAAGGAAGCUGGCAAUUAGAGGGAUGGUAACAAGAUCUUUGUACUUAUCUAAACCCAACAAAUCUUAAAACAAUUAAAAACAAACAGAAAAAUGUAGAUACCCCUUUAUUCCUAUAAUCAUUAUUCAUUAUUCCAGUGCUCUAAACGCCCUUUUUCUAAGUUUUUUUAAUUUCGUUGUUUUUAAGAACGUUGCUCUCUAAUUUUAUCUAUAUAUACAAUUAUACAAAACCAUAUUUGUGCAUACAAAUCGUUAUUUUGAACUUUUUUGAGACAAAAUAAAAAAUUGGAACUAUUCA